AUGCUCUCCUCGAGAAAGCGUGCGGACGAGGACAGUGUCCCGCUACUAGACCAGGACGAGUCAUCAUUACACGAUGACCGCACCCUCUUCUCUGUUGGUGAUGAUGAUGACGAUGAUACACCUCUCGCUCAGUCCCACCUCAUCAAUCAUCCCUCUCGAGCGACAUCUCGUUCUGAUGAAUUGACGCCAUAUGAAUACAUGAUUCCUCCAACAUUAAGGUCGACUGUGCAAAGUCGCGAGGCUGAGUUUGACCUGGAUACAGACGAGAUAGAAGACCCACGCAUGGUUGUCCCUGACCCUGUUAGAAAUCAGGAUAUGCCACUUUUGAUGGGGCUUGUUCAGUCUUCGGCGAGACUCAGCACCGAGAUCCCGCUUCACACCUUCAACGGCCAAGCAAACCAGUGCGAGGAGGCUGAAAAUACACAAAUAAAAAUCGGAAAAACCGGAGGAAUGCUUGAAUCUAUUGCUAAUAUGGCAAACGCUAUUUUGGGCGCAGGGAUCAUUGGUCUGCCUUAUGCAAUCAAGGAGGCAGGGUUCUUCUCUGGGAUUCUCCUAUUGGUUUUUCUCUGCCUUCUCACUGAUUGGACGAUUCGCUUGAUCAUCGUCAAUGCGAAACUCAGCGGUCGUAAUUCAUAUAUUAGCAUCAUGGAUCACUGCUUUGGACCUUCAGGUAGAGCCGCCGUAUCUUUCUUUCAGUUUGCCUUUGCCUUUGGUGGAGACACAAUACCCCAUGUUAUAAGGGCGCUGUUUCCCAAGCUGAUUUCAACGCCCGUUUUGUUCGUCUUCGCGAACCGAAACUUUAUCAUCGCACUGUGCACUAUUACUGUCUCGUAUCCAUUGUCUCUGCAUCGUGACAUAUCGAAGUUGGCUCGUGCCAGUGGUCUGGCACUGGUCGGCAUGCUCAUUAUCGUAGUGUCAGUGGUGACAGAAGGCGAAUAUGUCACCAGCGAUCUGAAAGGAGAUCCUUCAAAGCGAUUUACCUUCUUUGGUUCCGAGAUAUUUCAAGCGAUCGGGGUCAUCAGUUUUGCGUUCGUCUGCCAUCAUAACUCGCUAUUAAUAUAUGGGAGCCUCCAAACCCCAACACUUGACCGCUUCUCCGCAGUCACGCACAUUUCGACAUUCGUAUCUCUCCUCUUUUGCAUGUUGCUUGGACUUUCUGGCUAUUUGGUCUUUACAGACAAGACACGAGGAAAUAUCCUCAAUAAUUUCUCACCCGACGACACGUUGAUUAAUGUAGCCAGAUUUUGCUUCGGCCUUAAUAUGUUCACGACGCUCCCCUUGGAACUGUUUGUCUGUCGCGAGGUCAUCGAACAAUAUUUCUUCGAGCAUGAGGAAUUCGACCGCCACCGACACAUAAUUUUGACAACUGUCAUAUUGUUCAGUGCCAUGAUCCUGUCGAUGAUGACGUGUGACCUUGGUGUCAUGCUCGAAAUAACAGGAGGGAUUUCAGCAACCGCUUUUGCUUUCAUAUUCCCGGCGAUCUGCUACCUGAAGCUGACUAGAGAGUCCCCAUGGGGUACAACCAAAAUAUGUGCAGUCGCUUGCACGUUCUUCGGGCUAUCUGUCCUCGUGCUGUCUGUUAUUUUAGGCAUUCGAAAAGCUGCGUUACACGACACAACAUUAAAAGUUUGCUCAUAG